AUGAAGACAUAUUACCUUAAAAUGUUAUUGUUUACCUUUUUUAUAAAUACAUUAGUAUUAGCACAUUAUGAAAAUUAUCUAAAUAACCAUUAUAAUAUAAGCCUCAUACCAAAUAACACAAAAAGAACAAUAAUAAAAUCAAGACUCUUAGCACAAACACAAAAUCAUAAUCCACAUUAUCAUAAUGAUCCAGAACUGAAAGAAAUAAUUGAUAAAAUGAACGAGGAAGCAAUAAAAAAAUACCAACAAACUCAUGAUCCAUAUGAACAAUUACAAGAACUAGUAGAAAAAAAAGGAACAAAUCCUUUAGGUGGACAUGGUGUAAAACCUAUGUCAACGAUAGACAAAGAAUUAUUGGAAACAUAUGAAGAAAUGUUUUGUGACAAAAGUCAUAUCAAGUCGGGUAUGUACCCAAAUGAUGAUGAAGGAUCAGAUACGUCAUCAAGAUGCGAAUGUUCUGAUACUAAUAAUACAGAUUUAGCAAAAACAAAAGGAAAGGAUAAGUAUUUAAAACACUUAAAAGUGAGAUGUUCCCGUGGUAUAUAUUCUUGCUCAGUCCUUAGUGCAUUUUUAACAACGUUAGGUUUGAUAUUUGCAAAGAAGGCUGCCCUUGCGCACUUUACUGUCCAUGGAACACAGUAUAGUACAUGCACUUCGUAUGUUACAAUAUUUAAUAUGCUUAAUGGUGAAUCUAUGAUUUCAGCUAUUAAAGUAGGUACUGGAGUCUGUGCUACUGGUCUUUCCGAUCUAGCCACACCUGCUGCAACUUCUGCUAGUGCAAUGUUUGGUCCUUUUGGUAUUGCAGCUUUAGUUCUUCUUAUAUUAGCUGUUGUACUCAUAAUAUUAUACAUAUGGUUGUAUAGAAGAAGAAAAAAAUCAUGGAAACAUGAAUGCAAGAAACAUUUAUGUAGGUAA